CAGUGGUAUUGUUCAAUGAGGCUCAUGCGGAAUUGCUGUCGCUAGCUACUUGUUUGGGUGUGCGCUCGUUUGAUCAGGAAAAAAAGUGUACGCGGUUAGGGUGCUCUGGUGUGUGCGUGUUGCGUGCCUGCGCGGAGUGUGUGGAGACAGACGGAUUGCAAAGAUGUCAAAGAGAGGAAAGAAGAACAAUGAUGACGCGGCGGAUGUGGAGCAAGACAACGGAGCAGCUCCAAAUGCCAAGAAGGCCAAGAAAGCGAAGGAAGCUGAGGCCCCGGUGAUGUAUGAGGACCCCCCUGAUCAGCUGACCACCAAGGACGGCCAAGCCGCCAACCUGAAGAUCACCUCCUGGAACGUGGACGGCUUGCGUGCCUGGGUCAAGAAGAAGGGGCUGGACUGGGUGCGUGAGGAGGCCCCGGACGUGCUAUGCCUUCAGGAGACCAAGUGCGCCGAGAAGGCCCUCCCACAGGACAUCACCUCCAUGUCUGAGUACCCACACAAGUACUGGGCGGGAUCAGAGGAGAAGGAGGGCUACAGCGGGGUGGCCAUGCUGUGCAAGACCGAGCCCCUCUCUGUCACCUACGGCAUUGGUAAAGAGGAGCACGAUAAGGAGGGCCGCGUGAUCACCGCCGAGUUCCCCAAGUUCUUCUUGGUGACUGCCUACGUGCCCAAUGCCAGCCGGGGGCUGGUGCGGUUGGACUACCGCAAGACCUGGGAUGAGGACUUCCGGGCCUACCUGAGCGGGCUGGACCAGCGCAAGCCCCUGGUGCUGUGCGGCGACCUGAACGUGGCCCACCAGGAGAUCGACCUGAAGAACCCCAAGGGCAACCGCAAGAACGCUGGCUUCACCCCCGAGGAGCGCGAGGGCUUCAGCAAGCUGCUGGAGGCCGGCUUCGCGGACAGCUUCCGCGAGCUGUACCCACAGCAGGAGUACGCCUACACCUUCUGGACCUACAUGAUGAACGCCCGCUCCAAAAAUGUCGGCUGGCGCCUGGACUACUUCGUGCUCUCCCGCGCCCUGCUCCCGAACCUGUGCGACAGCAAGAUCCGGAGCACUGCCAUGGGCAGCGACCACUGUCCCAUCACCCUGCACCUGGCCCUGUAGCCACUGGGUGCCCCUGCCCACGCUCACCUCCUCAUGCCAGUCACUUAUGCUCCCUUUCCUGUUACUUCAUCUUGCCUACUGAAUACCUUCAGACCACACCAACCUGUCCAGAAUUGGGUCACCCAACAAUAAUCCAAACCCCAGCUAUUAUGCAUAACCUGUCCAGUUUCUGGUGGCAGGAUCUUAUCAAAUCGUGUCAAAUUACCUGUCCUGUAUUUUCCUGUUUUAAUGAAACCUCUGACCUUUGUUCCAUUUCAGCUGUGUCUAACAGUUGUGAUAAUCAUACUGUCUGUAAUCCUACCUGUGUCGUCUCGUCUCAGAUGGAGAAGAGGUCUUCAAUCUUACUAACCUUCUCACUGGCCUAGGCCUUGUCCUUCGGUUCUUUCUGCCUUUUGACGACAGGGCCAUCUGAAACUAGUGCUCAUGCCUCGUAUGCUAAGAGCUUAUGCAUUAAGCUGUCUGUGACCACUCACGCCCAUAGGUCACCACUGAUGUGACACAAACCACCAGGCAGCCUAACAAUGGAUACUUUAACACUACUGACCACAGUCUUCCUUCUGUGAUCCCAUCAUAUAUGCUAUACUGUGCUGUACUAAUUGGUUACAGCUUAAAGCUAUCUAGGUUGCUCCUGUGACACUUCUAUGAUUUUUUUUUUCUUCCUCUUGAAACAAAUGUAUAAGCCCUAGUUGUCUCUGUUGGAGGACAUCUAGUGUUCUGUAAGUGCUUAACAUUUUCUGCUGUUCGGUGUGUGAACAUCUGGUCUGUCAUUUCAACUUUGCCCCUCAGCACCUACUGCCACUGUUAAAAAAUGUCAUUGAUAGCGAAGGUUUGCUUUACGUUCUGGCAUUGUAUGGCAAACCCCUCAGACAUGUAUUUCUGUAGGUCUUGUAUGUUGAUGAAACUACUGUCAAGCAUUGUUACAAUUGGCAGGA